AUGAAGUCAAUCAAAAAACAAAGUCUAAAGCGCUUCUUUUCCGAUUUCACACUUGGUUUCUCUGAUGGACUUACAGUCCCCUUCGCCCUCACAGCAGGGCUAAGCUCUCUCGGCAAAGCAGACACUGUCAUAACAGGUGGAUUGGCAGAGUUAUGUGCUGGCAGUAUAAGCAUGGGAAUCGGGGGAUAUCUCGCUGCACGCGAUGAAUGUCUCCCUUGUCAACCAACACUCUCAGAUGAAGAGGACUUGAGCGACCACAAUGGCAGCGAUGGAACAAGUGAGACUGACUGUAUGGUCGAGCAGUCAGAGAAGAUGCAAGCAAGAUUGGACGAUCUCAUUAGGUGUCAUCUUGAGCCACUGAAUCUGUCUGUUUCAUCAAUCACUACAGUUCUUGAUAGCAUCCAGCGAGAGCCAAAGACUGUACGACAUACCAUAUCAAAACUUGAAUCAUUCAGGGACAACAUAUCGCUUCCUGACACUUCACACACACCUUCAUCUAUUAUUUCUGGCUUGACUAUAUCGCUUGGCUAUGCAGUUGGAGGUAUCAUUCCUCUCCUGCCAUACUUCUUUGCCAGCACUGUGGGUAUGGGACUGCGAUUGAGUACCUUUCUAUGCCUGAUGGUGUUGUUCGCCUUUGGAGCUGGUAAGAGAUGGAUUCUCAGCUCAGAUAGAAGAAACAUCAUUCCGUGUCUUGUCGAAGGGUUGCAGAUGUUAGUACUGGGAGCUGUGGCCGCUUGUGCAGCAGUUUUAUGUGUUAUCUGGGUUGCUGAUAGAUAG